AUGCAAUUCAUCACUGCUCUCCAAUUUCUUGCAGCUCUGACUGCGGUCAGCGCUGCCCCUUCUGCUCCACAUAGUGAGGUCUCAAACGAACUCUCAAAGAGGGCUGACAUCUUUGAUAUGGACUGUGGAGGUGAGACCUUCGACAUCCAGGACAUCAGGUCAACCUUUAACCAAUUUGUAUCGGUUGCAAACUUACCCAACAACCAAAAACCGGCAGCCGGAACUCGAGUGUACCCCCAGCAGUAUGGCAACAACAAGGGCAUUCCUAGUGACCCAGAAGUUGUUGCUGCUCUGGACGCUAUUCCAGGUUGUAAAACUGGGCAGUCCGGUUUCAAGUAUUUCGAAUAUCCCCUUGCCAACCCUGUUUGGACCGGAGGUCCUCAAACCAGUCAGGGCCCGCACCGCAUCAUUUCCAUUGCCCAGAAUGUUGGUCCGGGUGGCUCCAGGACUUAUACUUACUGCACCGCCAUCACUCACCGAGGGGGCAAUGGUAUGGGUGACGGCAGCUUCCGGGCUUGCAAACAGGUGUAG